GACACGGCCAGAGCACUGAGAGAUAUCAGGUAUUGAUGUAACUGGAGUGAAUAAGGGAACCAUUUUCCUGAGCACAGACAUUGGAGCCUGUUAUCAGCAUGAACUCAUAUGUGUUAGACAAACCCAUCAAUAGUUCUUAUCCAUCCUUCACGACAGGAAGCAUCAGAAUGAUACCAAAAACUCCAAAUGUCUUAAACACCAAUGACUAUUCACCAACAUUGGGGAACUCACAGCAGAUAUUUGUUGAAUUGACAGGAACUGGGCAGCAGUCAUUAUGUACAGAGAGUAAUUUAAUCAUCAAACAAGAGGACGACAUUUAUGUCUUAUCUAGUGAAAUGAUUAUCCCAGAGGAUAAACCACAUGCACUUACUGGGUUUUCAAAACAUUUAAAAAAAGGGGAAAGUCUUCAGUCUAGCCAAAAGAUUCAUACAAAUAAGAAACCAUUCAAAUGUGCAGAAUGUGAGAAAAGCUUCACAUGUAAUUUGCAUCUCCUUGACCACCACACAGUUCACACAGUUGUAAAACCUCACACAUGUACAGAAUGUGGGGAAUGUUUCACUUCCAAGGGAGACCUCACAUCUCAUAAAAAUACCCACACGGACCAAAAAGCUUUAAGCCUUAUACCUUAUGAAAGGAACCACACAGGGAAGAAACCAUUCAUAUGUACAGAGUGUGGGAAAGGUUUUAGAUUUAAGUCUGAUCUGAAAUCUCAUGAAAGAAUUCACACAGGGCAAAAACCUUUCACAUGUACAAAAUGUGGAAAAAAAUUUACACAAAAGAGUAAUCUGAAAACUCAUGAAAGGAGUCACACAGGGGAAAAGCCUUUCACAUGUACAAUGUGUGGAAAAAGUUUUACACAUAUAAGUCAUCUGAAAACUCAUGAAAGAAGUCACACAGGGGAAAAGCCUUUCACAUGUAAAGUGUGUGGAAAAUGUUUUACACAAAUAAAUAGUCUGAAAACUCAUGAAAGGAUUCACACAGGGGAAAAGCCUUUCACAUGUACAGAGUGUGGAAAAAGUUUUACACAUAUAAGUCAUCUGACAUCUCAUGAAAGGAUUCACACAGGAGAAAAGCCUUUCAUAUGUAAAGAGUGUGGAAAAAGUUUUACACAAAUAAAUAGUCUGAAAACUCAUGAAAGGAGUCACACAGGAGAAAAGCCUUUCACAUGUACAGAGUGUGGAAAAGGUUUUGCACAUAUAAGUCAUCUGAGAACUCAUGAAAGGAUUCACACUGGGGAAAAUCCUUUCAAAUGUACCGAGUGUGGAAAAAGGUUUUCACGAAAGGAUAGUCUGAAAACUCAUGAAAGGAGUCACACAGGAGAAAAGCCUUUCACAUGUACAGAGUGUGGAAAAUGUUUUACACAAAUAAGUAGUCUGAAAACUCAUGAAAGGAUUCACACAGGAGAAAAGCCUUUCACAUGUACAGAGUGUGGAAAAAGCUUUACACAAAUGAUUAGUCUGAAAUAUCAUGAAAGGAUUCACACAGUAGAAAAGCCGUUCACAUGUAAAGAAUGUGGAAAAUGUUUUACACAAAUAAAUAGUCUGAAAAUUCAUGAAAGGAGUCACACAGGAGAAAAGCCUUUCACAUGUACAGAAUGUGGAAAAAGUUUUACACAUAAAAGAAGCCUUAAAUGUCAUAAAAAGACCCACACAGGGGAGAAACCUUUCACAUGUAAUGAGUGUGGAAAAUGUUUUACCCAAAAGAGUACUCGGAAAACUCAUGAAUGGAGUCAUGCAGGAGAAAAGCCUUUCACAUGUACAGAGUGUGGAAAAUGUUUUCCAAUAAAGACUAAUCUGAAAAUUCAUGAAAGGACUCACACAAGAGAAAAAUGUUUCAUAUGUACAGAGUGUGGAAAAUGUUUUACACAAAUAAGUCAUCUGGAAUGUCAUGAAAGGAGUCACACAGGAGCAAAGCCUUUCACAUGUACAGAGUGUGGAAAAAGGUUUACACAAAUAAAUAAUAUGAAAGCUCAUGAAAGGAGUCACACAGGGGGAAAGCCUUUCACAUGUACAGAGUGUGGAAAAGGAUUUACAAGCAAGACUAAUCUGAAAAUUCAUGAAAGGAUUCAUACAGGAGAAAAGCCUUACACAUGUACAGAGUGUGGGAAAAUGUUUACACGAAUAGAUAAUAUGAAAGCUCAUGAAAGGAGUCACACAAGGGAAAAGACUUUCACAUGUACAGAGUGUGGAAAAGGAUUUACAAGAAAGACUAGUCUGAAAAUUCAUGAAAGGAAUCACAAAGGAGCAAAGCCUUUCACAUGUACAGUGUGUGGAAUAAGGUUUACACGAAUAGAUAAUAUGAAAGCUCAUGAAAGGAGUCACACAGGGGAAAAGCCUUUCACAUGUACAGAGUGUGGAAAAAGGUUUACACGAAUAAAUAAUAUGAAAGCUCAUGAAAGGAGUCACACAGGGGGAAAGCCUUUCACAUGUACAGAGUGUGGAAAAGGAUUUACAAGCAAGACUAAUCUGAAAAUUCAUGAAAGGAUUCAUACAGGAGAAAAGCCUUACACAUGUACAGAGUGUGGGAAAGGAUUUACAAGCAAGACUAAUCUGAAAAUUCAUGAAAGGAUUCAUACAGGAGAAAAGCCUUACACAUGUACAGAGUGUGGAAAAGGAUUUACAAACAAGACUAAUCUGAAAAUUCAUGAAAGGAUUCAUACAGGAGAAAAGCCUUACACAUGUACAGAGUGUGGGAAAAUGUUUACACGAAUAGAUAAUAUAAAAGCUCAUGAAAGGAGUCACACAAGGGAAAAGCCUUUCACAUGUACAGAGUGUGGAAAAGGAUUUACAAGAAAGACUAGUCUGAAAAUUCAUGAAAGGAAUCACAAAGAAGCAAAGCCUUUCACAUGUACAGAGUGUGGAAUAAGGUUUACACGAAUAGAUAAUAUGAAAGCUCAUGAAAGGAGUCACACAGGGGAAAAGCCUUUCACAUGUACAGAGUGUGGAACAGGAUUUACAAGCAAGACUAAUCUGAAAAAUCAUGAAAGGAUUCACACAGGAGAAAAGCCUUACACAUGUACAGAGUGUGGAAAAAGUUUUACACAAUUAAAUUAUCUGAAAAAGCAUGAACGGAGUCACACAGGAGAAAAACCUUUCACAUGUACAGAGUGUGGAACAGGAUUUACAGGCAAGACUAAUCUGAAAAAUCAUGAAAGGAUUCACACAGGAGAAAAGCCUUACACAUGUACAGAGUGUGGAAAAAGUUUUACACAAUUAAAUCAUCUGAAAAAGCAUGAACGGAGUCACACAGGAGAAAAACCUUUCACAUGUACAGAGUGUGGAACAGGAUUUACAGGCAAGACUAAUCUGAAAAAUCAUGAAAGGAUUCACACAGGAGAAAAGCCUUACACAUGUACAGAGUGUGGAAAAAGUUUUACACAAUUAAAUCAUCUGAAAAAGCAUGAACGGAGUCACACAGGAGAAAAACCUUUCACAUGUACAGAGUGUGGAAAAUGUUUUACAGUAAAGAGUACUCUGAAACAUCAUGAAAGGAUUCACACAGGAGAAAAAUCUUUAACAUGUUUAGAAAGUUGAAAAAUGUAUCCUGUGCCAGUC